GUUUAUUGGAGAGUUUCAAGGUGUUCCCUGUAAUUUUUUGGUGAAAAAAGCUUCUCCUUUUUUGUUAACAUUAGUAGAAACACAUUUGCAAUUUGAAGCUGCAAGUAUUGCGUAAAUCAUGUCGCUGUGCAAAAGCUACGGAAAGGAUAAGGUGAUUUUCGCUACAAAAGAAGAUCAUGCGAUUUCCAGUACCGUGCAGCUACCAGAAUCGGAACCCCGUCCGGGGCUGAUACUUGAAAACGGGGAUAUUAACUGGAACUGUCCUUGCCUGGGUGGAAUGGCCAUCGGUCCGUGCGGGAAUGAGUUUCGAGAGGCAUUUUCCUGUUUUCAUUAUAGCCAAGCCCAACCGAAAGGAUCCGAUUGCUACGAAGCAUUCAGUACUAUGAACGAAUGUAUGAGAAAUUAUCCCGGAGUUUACAAACAAAACCUUAAUGAGGAAGAUGAUGAGGAGAACGCAGGAGUAGCAAGCAUGAUUGCUGAUAACGGAGAAGAGAAUAACGAUAUUGACGAACCACCGGUCAAAGUUGAGAGCGAAACAAAAACAGUAACCACAAAAGCCAAUUAGAAUACAAAUAUAUAUUUGAAAUACAAC